CCAGGAAAGGCUUCCAUGGUGCAAGAGAAGCAGAAUGCCAGGACAAACCCCAACAUAUGUGAGUUCUGUACCUGCCAGAAUGAGACCUUGUCAUGUACUGGUCUCAGCCCAAAACACAAGCUCCACCAAGUGCCUGUAUUAGAGCCCAACAACACAUUUACCACCUUCAAUUUCCAAGAAAAUGCUAUUUCUCACCUUGGUGAGAAUAUCCAGACAACAUACAGGUGGGCUGAGAAACUAAAUCUCAGAGAAAAUGACCUGACUGGAUUACAUAAAAAUUCCUUUAAAGGCCUGCUGUCCCUCUGGUAUUUAGAUUUAUCCUGCAAUAAAGUACAGUUUAUUGAAGCACAUACAUUUGAAGCACUACCCUUUUUGCAGGUUUUAAAUCUAUGCUGUAACUUAGUUACACAGAUUAACUUUGGGAUGUUUAGGGCAUGGCAUGGAAUGCAGUUUUUGCACAAAGUCAUCCUCAAUCACAAUCCUCUGUCAAGUAUUGAAGAUUCCUAUCUUUUUAAAUUGCCAGCAUUAGGAUAUCUAGACUUGGGGACAACACACACACCACUUCCAGCAGUCAAGAAUAUCCUCAUGCUGACACUUGAAUUGAAAACACUGAUCAUACUGAGGCACCUGGCCUACUGCCUCUGCCAAUUUAAAAGUGAUAUUCAGGUUGUCUGCAAGACAGUCAAGCUGCACUGUGACAGUGAGUGUCUGACCAAUCCCAUGCAGUGUCUUGAGGAAGCCCCUGUAGGGAACACAGAAGGAGCCUUCAAGAAGGUGUUACAGGCCUGGAAAAAGAACCCCAAGACUGAAAUGGUGAUCGAGUCUGGAAAGUCAUCUUCCAAACAAAGUGAUGUCAGCUGGUCAGACUUCAUGGAUGAGAAGCUUAAUUCUAAUGAUGAAAAUGAUGUGGUUGGAGCUCUCAAUUACAUACUGCCAUAUUUCUCAGAGGUAAACCUAGAAGAUGUAGACUCAUUAUUGCCAUUCAUUCAACUACUUUUCUCAAAUAUACAAAAUGAAGCUAAUCCCCAGGGUUACAUGAAAGGCAAUAUGAAAACUCCCUCUCAUCAACCUGUGUCCAGCAAUUUGGCCUACAGAAAUGAACUAAAGAAGCUGUAUUUUCUACAGAGUUGGUUAGAUACAGAAAUUCAGGGAAAAAUUGAGGAGGUUAAGAAGAAAGAGAAAACAGGCAUGCUUAUGCAGUCCAGCCUUUCAAGUCCCAAAUUUCAAAUCAUUCCAGAUGUUCCUGAGAAAUUGGCAAGUGCUCAAGCACAGGAAAACAGGCUGGUGGAAGAUCAGCAUGAAAGGAGAAGGCUGCAGACAGUGGACAGGAUCCUUAAGGGCCCCAAGGGUAUAUGGAAAAGACUGCUCAAAGAGAGGCAUAAACAGAAGGUCAGGGAGAGAAGCAGGGCACUCAGCCACUGGCCAAGAACACCACAGAUGGAUGGAGCCUCAGGAGCCCCAGCGCAGGGAAGCUGGGGCAGAAUGAGGGGGUGUGGGGCCCAGGAACCCACUCCAUACAGAACAGAAGGUGCCUGUGUCUUCUGCCCUGCAGGAUCCCCCUGCUGGGCAGGUCAGUCACCUCUGCCUGCAAAAGACCUCAGCAACAGCAUUUUGCUUUUAGAACAUGUCAGAGCUAGACUUAAAAGCAUGAAAGCUAUUAAACCAAUCUUAGGUUCCAAAAAAGGUCAUGGCUUUCAUAAAACUGCCUCUCUUGAGGCCCACAGAAUGCUCAAGCCCAACCCCAGGGAGGAGCUCAUGAAAGAAAAAGCACGUGGGAGGCUGAAGAUUGCAGAGGAGCCUCUGUUCUCAGCACUGAGGAGCCCCAUCCAUUCCCCCUCUCAAGGGUUCCUCUUGUCCUCUGGAGACCCACGUGUUCAGAAGCAUCCUUUCCCCACAUUAUAUGAUCCUGACAAAACCUCUAUAGGAAGCACUGCUGUAGAAAACCAAACUGCAAAAAACACCUCUGAAAAAAAUGUUGUUACCACAAACUCUCCCAUUUCUGCCACAGAUUCUGCCCUCAUCCUGAUAUCCACUGAUGACCACACCAAUAAGAUGCACUGGGAGUACACCAGCACUGGCACUGAGCCGCCCCCUCCAGGAACCUCUGUCCCCUUGCUGUCAUCCCCUGGAGAUGAGUUCGAAACCCAGCUAAACCAGCAGCUUCACAUCCUCAUUCCCAACAAGGAGGUGAGGAGGCUCAUUUCCUACAUUAUUCGCACUCUGAAAAUGGACUGCUCUGAGCCCUGCAUGCAGCUAGCCUGUGCCAAGCUCAUCUCCAGAACAGGGCUCCUAAUGAAGCUGCUCAGUGGGCAGCAGGAAGAGAAGGUGGGCCAGGCCCAAUGGGACACAGAGCAGUGGAAGAGCGAGACCUACAUCAACAAGAGCACGGGGGCCUCUAGCAAUCAGAAGGCCCAGGGCAAGCCAAGGGACCACACACAGGAAGUUCCAGGACAUGGCUACAACAACAUCAUCCUGGAAAUAUCAGUGUCAGCAAUCACAAUCGCAAUGCUUCUGAUCAUUAUCUUCUGUCUCAUUGAGAUUUGUUCGCACAGAACAGCUUCAGGGAAAGAUAAGGAAGGGUCAUCAAGUAGCAUUUUCAGGUGGAGAAGGAAGUACUCAGCCGAACAGGACAGUCAGGAGGGCUUCUCCUGGUUUUGGUGGCUGCUGUGCCUCAGGGACAUGAGCAGGCCUCUCAGCAUCACAAGGCAGCAAAGCAUGGUGCAGAAGCUACACAACAAGGACUCUUCUGACAAGGACCAGAUGGUCACGAACGACCUAGGGGAGGCCAGUGAAACCCCCUCAGAGGCAGAGGAAUCCACAAAGGCAGGAGAGUGACCCCUUCCCACUUUAGGUGAUUGGGAAGUUUGAUUUUGGCAUUGCUGACAAAAUAAUUACUUUUCUCAAAUUACAAUGUAUAAAAAAAUUUCAAAAUAAAAUCAAAG